AUGAACUCCAGCACUCGUAACCCAUCCUGCGUCCUCCAUGGCCCACUCGACGCACGCUUUGAAGACCGUCCACUUCCCACCCUCGAACACAACCCCCACGAUGUCCUCAUAGCAUACACCGGCGUCUGCGGCAGCGAUGUCCACUUCUGGCUCCACGGCGGCAUCCGCACAUACGUCUCUUCCGCCCGCCCCCUAACAAUGGGCCACGAAGCGUCUGGAAUCAUCCACACCAUCGGCACCGCUGUAACCACCCUCCAGCCCGGCGACAAAGUCUCCAUCGAGCCAGGCUAUCCCUGUCGACGCUGCACCUCCUGCAAAAGCGGGCGCUACAAUCUCUGCCCGGAGAUGAAGUUCGCGGCGGACCCGCCAUUCGUGCACGGCACGUUGACCAAGUAUUUCCGCAUCCCUGCAGACUUCUGCUACAAGGUACCUGAGUGUAUUAAGUUAGAAGAAGCGGUGUUGAUUGAACCGUUGGCUGUAGCUGUCCACGCUGUGAGACUUGCUAAUGUGAGGCCUGGACAGAAGGUCGUGGUAUUUGGGGCAGGCACUGUGGGGUUAUUUUGCGCGGCAGUGGCGAGGGAGUUUGGGGCUAGUGUUGUGGUGUCUGUGGAUGUGGUGGAGGGGAGAUUGGGAUUUGCGCGGGGGUUUAUGGCGGUGCAGACGGGGGUGUUUGUGCUGAAGAAGGGGGGCACGUAUGUGCAGGCUGGGAUGGGGAAGAGGAUGAUGGAGUUUCCUAUUGCGGAGAUGUGUGAGAAGGAGGUUGUGGCCAAGGGGUGUUUUCGGUAUGGAGCUGGGGAUUUUGACUUGGGAGUGGAUCUUGUGAGGAGGGGGAGGGUGGUGCUCGAGAGUUUCAUAUCGAGGGUGUUUCCGUUUGAGGAGGCGACGGAGGCGUGGGAGGCUGCUAAACGGGGAGAAGGGAUUAAGAUGGUGAUUGAGGGGCCUAGGUAGGUGGGUGAGGGUGGUAAGUUGGAUAAGUGCAGUCUUGGAUGGAGGUAUCCGAAUUGGCUAUCCAUCUAUCAAGG